AUUAACUGAUUGAACCUCUCCAAAAAAGGAAGAACACGAAGAGAGUGCCGAAGAGAUCGGACCCAAGAUAAAAAUAUCAGAAAGAAGUAUCAGGAGUAAACGAAUGUUCAAAUUGUCGCGGUCAUACUUUUACUUGUGCGGGUCAAGUGAGAGGAGAGCAAGCAAUGUGUUCACUCAGAUACCAUGCCAUUUUUCUAAAGGGGGCUACAAGGGAUGGACAGCUCAUUAAAACCGGUUACGUCGCCAAGGGUGGUAUCUAUGGCCGAGAAGAUGGCUCCCUCUGGGCCGCAAGCGAGGGCUUCAAACCUAGCGCGGCUGAGAUCCAGAGUGUCAUUGCCGCCUUUAACAAUCCUGCUGAUAUUCAGGCCAAUGGUCUUUACCUUGAAGGCCAUAAGUUCGUCUACCUGAGGGCAACCCCCGAUGGAAGUAUCCUUGCUCGUAGCGGUGCAACUGGUGUUUGCUGCGCUGGGACCCCAAAAACUGUUAUUAUUGGAUACUAUACUGAGGGCCAGGAGGCCGGUAAUUGCAACGUCACUGUCGAACGUUUGGCUGAUUACCUCAAGGCCAAUGGUUUCUAAACGAUUCCUCAUCGGAUAUUCCUAGCUCUUGUUCAGUUGACCUUUUUGCACAUUGCACAUGUGAAAAAAAAAAAAAAAAAAGCGUUUUCGCUGUUUUUAUUUUAUUUAUAUUUAUUAUACAUCUUUCAAUUAUUGACUGAUCGUUACAAAUCAUUCAUAAUGAAAUAAACGAACAAAAAUAUACAAGCAGAACAGUAG